GAGAGGACAGCUCGUUGCCACUUCUCCAGUACACAGCAGCGAAUCCGGAGGCCGGAGCUCACAAAACCCCCACAGGCUCGCCGGAGACCCGGAAGGAGAUUAUGCCGGAGGCCCAGCCUACGCCGCCGCCGAGGGCGAUGAUGCUCGCUGACCUCAACGUCGACCCGCCGGAGAGCGACGGCGAGGAUGACCCGCCGACCCCCAAACCCAACCCCGCCAUCGCCGCCGCCGUAGCCGUCGCUGCCGCAGUUCCGGUGGUCGCCGGGGACUCCUCCACUAGAAGUUUUAUUGAGGGUGGUUUGCCAAAAAACAUCAUUGCAACGAAGGACCCUGAUGCCGUUGAAUGUGAAGAUGCUGAGCAACAUUGUCAAGGGGCUUCUGUUUCACGUGAGGAGAAAGUUAGCAACCUGAAAGCUGCUUUGGUCCAUGUUGCCAGAAAGAUGCCUAAAAAUGCUCAUGCCCAUUUUAUGUUAGGUUUGAUGUACCAAAGGCUUGGUCAGCCACAGAAGGCAAUAAUAGCAUAUGAAAAGUCGUCUGAAAUUUUGUUACAAGACGAACAAGAAGUGCGGAGGCCUGAUUUACUCUCUUCAGUGAGGAUUCAUCAUGCUCAGUGUAUUUUGCAAGCAAGCAUGGGUGAUAGUUUUGAUGAAGAGCUUGACGCUAGUGAAUUGGAGGAUAUCCUUGUUAAGCUGAAGAGUUCAGUUGAAUUGGACCCCAGGCAGGCAGCAGUUUGGAACAUUCUUGGUUUAGUUCUUCUAAGAGGUAGUCAACUUCAGAGUGCUAUCUCAGUCUUUUCCACUCUCAGGACUGUUGCUCCAGAUUAUCUGGACUCGCUUGCGAAUCUUGGUGUUGCAUAUAUUCAAAGUGGGAAUCUAGAGCUGGCCUCAAAGUGCUUUCAAGAGCUAGUUUUGAAAGAUCAAAAUCACCCAGCUGCUCUAGUGAACUAUGGAGCUCUCCUUCUCUGUAAAUAUGGAUCUCUUGCUGCAGCAGGGGCAGGUGAUACUGUAAGUGCAGGGUCUUAUCUGCAUCAGAAAGAAGGCUUAGUUGUUGCAAAAGAAUGCUUACUUGCAGCUGUGAGGUCUGAUCCUAAAGCUGCAUCUGUAUGGGUUAACCUUGCAAAUGCAUAUCACAUGGCUGGUGAACAUAGAAAUUCGAAGAGGUGUUUGGAGCAGGCGGCAAAAUUUGAACCCAAUCAUAUGCCUGCUCGGUAUGCUAUUGCAGUUCACCGUAUCAGAGAGGCUGUAAGGUCACAGUGUUCUGAUGAUCAGCUUCUCUGGGCUGCAAAUGAAAUGUCAACGGUUGUAAAAGAAGGAGACCCAGUUGAUGUCCCAAUCGCAUGGGCAGGUUUGGCAAUGGCUCACAGGGCGCAACAUGAAAUUGCAGCUGCUUAUGAUGUUGAGCAGAUCAGUCUAAAUGAGGCAGAAGAGCGUACUCUUUAUACACUAAAACAGGCAAUCCAAGAAGACCCAGAUGAUGCUGUUCAAUGGCACCAACUUGGUUUAUACAAUAUGUGCACAACUCAGUUUAGUCGAUCUGUAAAUUUUCUCAAAGCUGCAAUAGCUCGCUUCCCAGAUUGCAGCUAUGCUUGGUCUAAUCUUGGUAUUGCAUUGCAGUUAUCAGAUGACCCAUCCUCUGAAACUGUGUAUAAACGGGCGCUGGUGCUAUCUUCAAGUCAGCAGUCGCAUGCAAUCCUCUCUAAUCUUGGAAUUCUUUACCGGCAGCACAGGAUGUAUGAACUUGCAAGAAAGAUGUUAUCAAGGUCUUUGGAACUUUGUCCUGGAUAUGCACCUGCCAACAACAACCUAGGACUUGUAUUUGUCGCAGAGGGCCGAUGGGAGGAUGCUAUAAGCUGUUUUGAGAACGCAGUGAAAUCUGAUGACUUGCUUGAUGCUGCCAAAUCGAACUUGGCGAAAGUUCUUGCAUUGGCCAAGAAACAUUAGAGCAAUAGAAGAUGAAUGAUGACAACCUUUCAGCCUCUGGAGCUACAAACAAAGAUGGACUCGUUGCACAAUUCUCUAAUCUGGAAUGUCUCAACUCUUGGGGGACCAACUCAGAAACGAUGCUUCGGAGGCAUUGGGCUGCUCAGAAUGCUGUGGACGCCUGGAAGGUGUAAAGAAGAACGGCUUCUAAGGUUAGGCCUGAUAUCGAGGGAGCUGCUGCCCUCAGUGUGCCGAAUAUCAGCGCUCAGUAUCUUCAGCGGCCUGUCAUCACUCUGGAAAGGGCCCAAAUUUGAAGUACAAUUGGGUAGCAAAUUGCACUGAAACAUGCAUGUAUUAUGUGAACAUUUCUGACUGCAACUCGACAUAGCCUUAGCCUCGUCGCCUUACAAGUUUAGCCUCAUACCUUCGCUGCUGA